AGGCGGCGGGGCCCGGAAGCGGCGCGCUGGGCCGGCGAAUCCCGCGGCGCCAGGUCGGAGCGGGGCCGGAGCAUGCGGGGCGGCCGGCGGUCUGCGGCGCGCGGCGCAUUCGUUCCCCCGCGGCGGUGGCGGCGGCGCGCGGCGGCUCUCCAGUGAGCGGCGGAGCCCGGAGCGGCGGGCUGGGCGCCGGGCGGGCGGGGCCCGCGGCUGAGAGGCGGGCGGGCAGUGGGCGCCGGGCGCGGUGCGCGGGGCCGCCAUGUGGAGCGGCCGCAGCUCCUUCACCAGCCUGGUGGUGGGCGUGUUCGUGGUCUACGUGGUGCACACCUGCUGGGUCAUGUACGGCAUCGUCUACACCCGCCCGUGCUCCGGCGACGCCAACUGCAUCCAGCCCUACCUGGCGCGGCGGCCCAAGCUGCAGUUCGGAGCUGUGGCCGCGCGAGUCGAGAUGGAACCUUUCCUGGUUCCCCAGCGGCCAGGUCUUCCGCCCUCCAGCUGGCCGUGGGAUGCGAGUGCGUCCUGCCAGGGCCUGGCCGAGCUGGCUCUCGACGCCCCCUCCUUUCCAGCUGAGCGUGUACACCACGACGAGGUCCCACCUGGGUGCUGAGAACAACAUCGACCUGGUCUUGAAUGUGGAAGACUUUGAUGUGGAGUCCAAAUUUGAAAGGACAGUUAAUGUUUCUGUACCAAAGAAAACGAGAAACAAUGGGACGCUGUAUGCCUACAUCUUCCUCCAUCAUGCUGGGGUCCUGCCGUGGCAUGAUGGGAAGCAGGUGCACCUGGUCAGUCCUCUGACCACCUACAUGGUCCCCAAGCCGGAAGAAAUCAACCUGCUCACUGGGGAGUCUGAUACACAGCAGAUCGAGGCAGAGAAGAAGCCGACGAGCGCCCUGGAUGAGCCAGUGUCCCACUGGCGACCGCGGCUGGCACUCAAUGUGAUGGCGGACAACUUUGUCUUCGAUGGGUCCUCCCUGCCUGCCGAUGUGCAUCGGUACAUGAAGAUGAUUCAGCUGGGGAAGACCGUGCAUUACCUGCCCAUCCUGUUCAUCGACCAGCUCAGCAACCGCGUGAAGGACCUGAUGGUCAUAAACCGCUCCACCACCGAGCUGCCCCUCACCGUGUCCUACGACAAGGUCUCGCUGGGGCGGCUGCGCUUCUGGAUCCACAUGCAGGACGCCGUGUACUCCCUGCAGCAGUUUGGGUUUUCAGAGAAAGAUGCUGAUGAGGUGAAAGGAAUUUUUGUAGACACCAACUUGUACUUCCUGGCACUGACCUUCUUUGUCGCAGCGUUCCAUCUUCUCUUUGAUUUCCUGGCCUUUAAAAAUGACAUCAGUUUCUGGAAGAAGAAGAAGAGCAUGAUUGGCAUGUCCACCAAGGCAGUGCUCUGGCGCUGCUUCAGCACCGUGGUCAUCUUCCUGUUCCUGCUGGAUGAGCAGACGAGCCUGCUGGUGCUGGUCCCGGCGGGCGUUGGAGCUGCCAUUGAGCUGUGGAAAGUUAAGAAGGCAUUGAAGAUGACUAUUCUUUGGAGAGGCCUGAUGCCCGAAUUUGAGUUUGGCACUUACAGCGAAUCUGAGAGGAAAACCGAGGAGUACGAUACUCAGGCCAUGAAGUACUUGUCGUACCUGCUGUACCCGCUCUGUGUCGGGGGCGCUGUCUAUUCACUCCUGAACAUCAAAUACAAGAGCUGGUACUCCUGGUUAAUCAACAGUUUCGUCAACGGGGUCUAUGCCUUCGGUUUCCUCUUCAUGUUGCCCCAGCUCUUUGUGAACUACAAGUUGAAGUCAGUGGCACAUUUGCCCUGGAAGGCUUUCACCUACAAGGCUUUCAACACCUUCAUUGAUGACGUUUUUGCCUUCAUCAUCACCAUGCCCACGUCUCACCGGCUGGCCUGCUUCCGGGACGACGUGGUGUUUCUGGUCUACCUGUACCAGCGGUGGCUUUAUCCUGUGGAUAAACGCAGAGUGAACGAGUUCGGGGAGUCCUACGAGGAGAAGGCCACGCGGGCGCCCCACACGGACUGAAGGCCGCCCAGGCUGCCGCCGGCCAAGUGCAACUUGAAUUGUCAAUGAGUAUUUUUGGAAGCAUUUGGUGGAAUUCCUAGACAUUGCAUUUUCUGUGUUGCCAAAAUCCCUUCGGACAUUUCUCAGACAUCUCCCAAGUUCCUGUCACGUCAGAUUUGGAGCUGGUAGCGCUUACGAUGCCCCCACGUGUGAACAUCUGUCUUGGUCACAGAGCUGGGUGCUGCCGGUCACCUUGAGCUAUGGUGGCUCCCGGCACACGAGUGUCCGGGGUUCGGCCAUGUCCUCACGCUGGCAGGGGCGGGAGCCCUCGUGCUGGCAGGGGGGCUGUCGGAUUUCCAUUUCAGGUGGUUUUCUAAGUGCUCCUUAUGUGAAUUUCAAACACAUAUGGAAUUCAUUCCGCAUGGACUCUGGGAUCAAAGCCUCUUUCCUCUUUUGUUUGAGAGUGGGUUGUUUUAAAGCUUAAUGUAUGUUUCUAUUUUAAAAUAAAUUUUUCUGGUUGUGGCA